UUAUUAAGUUAUAAUUAAUUAAUAGAAACACAAGACUGUUCAAGGCACAAAAGAUUUUGAGACGGAAUUUCUUGGGAACCAGUGGGAAUUUUUGGCCCAAAAGUGAGGAUUUAUACUAAGCGAGUAUAAUCUGUAAGGGGAUGGCACGCGAAAUCUGUCCGCGAAUAAUGGCUUAAUUGCACACGAAUGAACGAAUCCACUAUAAUUGGCCGUGGUAUGUAUAUGCUUUCCCGGAAAUCGAGGCUCGCCACGAACAUCCGUCGAAGAUGCAACACCCUGGGCGGUACUAACUCUAUCGAAGCAUCAAUAUUCUACCUAACAACGUGCACAUUUCGCGAUACAUCGUGCAUACGUGCACUGGCGUGCGUAAAAUCGCAGAGAGAAGCUAUUGAACGCGUGAAGCAGCUGGCGACUUUCUAAAGUCCCCCCCGGGGAUCCUCUGUAUCCCUACGGUGACUUUGCAUGUUGCAAUCGGUCGAGAGAAGCGGCGGGAAGCACUUUUACUGAUUUUUCACCACCGCGUGUCUGAAUGUUAUAUCACAAACCACGCGAGCGCGGGAGAUGGCGGUCAGUGUCUUGAGAUAUCUCAUGUUCGUCCUCUUUGCUGCGCUGCAGUAUCAUUAUGUGAGUGCGGAGACAAAAACGUUCAAGGAUCUAUUUAACAGUACAUCCUGUGCGAAACCACCCUUUGAAUGCCCACAUCCACAGAUAGGAUUUUAUUUGUACACAAGAGAAACACAAAAGAAGCCUCUACGCAUUAACGUACAAAGGUUCGAGGCACUUCAGUACUCCAAAUUCAAUAAAUCACAUCCCACGAAAAUUAUUAUCCACGGUUUUGGUGGAGGGAGGAAUUUAAUACCCAGCCCGGAUCUUCGAAGAGCGUAUUUCACGCGAGGCGAUUACAAUAUUAUAAUCGUCGAUUACGGUUCGUUGGUGCGCGAGCCUUGUCUGUCGCAAAUACAAUGGGGUCCAGAUUUCUGUUCACGAUGUAUUGCUCAAUUGGUAAGGUACUUGAGGGAUCAUCCUCGUGGAACGAGGGUGGAGAAUAUACACGUGCUCGGAUACAGCGUGGGUGCGCAUAUAGCUGGUCUGAUUGCGAAUUAUUUGCCCGAUGACAAGCUUGGAAGGAUUACAGGACUCGAUCCAACGAUAUUUUUCUACAUGAAUGGAAACCGGUCGAUGGAUUUAGACGAAACGGACGCGCAUUUCGUCGAUGUGAUCCACACUGGUGCCGGGAUUUUGGGUCAAUGGGGACCGACCGGGCACGCAGAUUUCUAUGUGAACGGAGGUUCCAGUCAGCCCGGAUGCGCGACGACUUCCUUGCUCCAGACGUUGUCGUGCGACCACACAAAAGUGACGCCUUAUUACAUAGAAUCAAUCACGACGAAAGUAGGAUUCUGGGCAGCGCCGUGUGGAAAUCUCUUUUCCUACCUGAUCGGCUGGUGCAAUCCGAAACUCGAAGAGCACAUACUCAUGGGAGAAGACGCCCCACAUACAGCACGAGGCAUCUACUAUCUCUCAACAAACGCACACAAACCAUACGCCCGCGGCCUUCCCGUAAAAAGCCAACGAACGACAAAUCGGAAACGAUCGUCCUCCCGCCAGUACUAAGCUUACUGAAGCAGUUAAUCAACAUAAUUAUAGAAUAAUUAUAGAAUAAUUAUAGAAUAAUUAUAGUAUACGCGGUUAUUAGUUGUAUGUAUUGUAUGCUGUGUUAUGUUUGCCUCUGUUGUUUCUUUAUAUAUUUUUUAAUUAGUUUUUACGUAAUAAACUAUUGUGCUACGUAACCUACUAUCAACCGCCGCAUACCAUUGCUAGUUUACCGAUUAAUGUAUUUAUGCCACUGGAUUCUAUUGUUAUGGCGUUCCAAGAAUUAUCGCUUUUUCCGAUUCUGUCAAUUUUUAUGGAAUCGUUCGGCGUUUAAUGAUCGUACGAUCCUCGGUUUUCGUU